UAAACAUUCCUCCCGAAAGGAGGACAAGCUAAUCGGCCCUUCUGGUUGGAAACAUUAUGAUGACGAAAACUUAAAGGCGACAGAAGACAUGGAACUAGGAAAGGCAAAAGAGAGUGAUGAACCUGCUUAUGUCAAAGGGUACUAUGUGGAUAAGAAGGGGGAUCCGUUGAACAUUACGUAUGGUGGUUUACAUAAAGGAGAUAUUCCAAAAUUUCACAGAGCUGGAAGAGGACAGGUGCUAGGUCUAUCCUCCAGUUGGAAUAUCAAACGGGGUUCUGGGCUCCGAGAAGUUGAGGGGAUAGCUUUACGUAUAGGUCCAAUCGAAGUCAUUCCGACGGGAAUUUCCAUUUAUCUCGAGGCUCUUGUGUCGAAAUGGUGGCUGUGGUGGCAGCCAACCCUUCAACGCGAAUUCGACUCUGACCACAUUCCCCAUUGGCCUUUCAAGGAAGUUCCAAGCAAAAGAGCAGCGAAUCCAGAGAUGAGAGGGAGCACAAGUCACGAAAGGAAAAGCAUAGACGGCGAGAUGAACGUGAACGGUCACAUAAGCGACGAUCCAGAUCUCGCUCUUCAUCCAGGGAGAGACAUUCCAAAAGGAGUAAACAUUCCUCCCGAAAGGAGGACAAGCUAA